UGCCCCUGCCCGUCUCUCCCUCCGAACGAGGCCGGAUUCCUUUCGCUUGGAUUUGUCCCCGGCCGCCUCUUCGGCGGGGGCUGAGCUCCGCGGCGGGUUCCUAGGGGGAGGCGAAGUGAGCGAGAUCGCGACCGCGAGAGGAAGUGUCGGCUCCUGGGGCAUCCAGGAGGAAAUGGUGGUACAUAGCACGGACCCGGAACCUGGCUGAGCUAACCUGAGAUUAGUGCUUGCUGUGGACGUCGACGAAGCAAAGCUACCUUGUGACUGAGUGGUUCUGCUGAGUAUCCUGACCAUGAAGAACAGUGAGGAACAGGUGACUGUAGUGACUCAGAGGUUGUCAACCCCCACCCGGAGUUCCAACAACUUGUUCAGGCCAGAUAUUCGGCAGGACAGCUGGGAGAUUGUGGAAGGGCUUCGCGACGUUACAAGCGCCAUCCAUGAGCCAGAGAAGCAAGAAGGGUACAUGCUGAAGAAGAGGAAGUGGCCCCUGAAAGGCUGGCAUAAGCGAUACUUCUUCUUGGAGAAAGGGAUCUUGAAGUACGCAAAGACUCAGGCUGAUAUUCAGAAAGGAAAACUUCAUGGCUGCAUUGAUGUCGGGCUGUCUGUGAUGUCCAUCAAGAAGAAGGCAAAAUGUAUCGAUCUGGACACAGAAGAGCACAUAUAUCAUCUGAAGGUGAAGGUCCAAGAGUUUUUUGACGAGUGGGUGGCAAAGUUGCGUCACCACAGGCUGUACCGCCAGAAUGAAAUUGCUAAGUUUCCCCAUGAUGUGACGAAUCACUUCUUCCCUGUGUCGUCUGCUACAGACUCUUCGAGCUCUUUGAACUCCCCUUUACAGAAGUUGAAGAGAGGAAGUUUAUGCAAGCAGAUGUCAUUCCAGAUUAGCCCUGGUUUUCCUGUCAAUUAUUCUAACAGCCAGUCGAAGGUGACAGCGUGGUUGCAAAGUUCGGAAGAUAUAGACAAGUGCUCAAAAGAUCUUUCGCAAUGCCAAUCCAGUUUAACAGAAUUAGUGCAACUUUUGCAAAGCAUGGAAGUUAUCCAUAGAACAUGCUCGGCACCGUCUAUUAAUGCUAUUCAGGGAUAUGUUUUUGAGAGUCCAAAGAAGGAAAAGCGCUUUCAAAGAAGGUGGCGAACCAAAAGUUUUGGCAAAGAUGCUAAAUCAACACUACAGGUUCCUUGCAUCUCUCCAAGCCCAAUGAGACUGCAUGCAUCAAACCCUAACUUGUCUGAGGUAUUCCCUGUAGAAACAAAAAACUUUUCAGAUGGUUCAGACUGGCCUUCAGAUUAUUCAAAACUGCAAGAAGAUUUCUGCCAUAUUGCUCAAGAAGUUCAUUCCGUGCUCAAGUCGGUGUACAAUUCGAUGGUCAUUGAGAGGGAGAAACUGAAGCAUUUGCUAUCAGAACAUGAUGCGUGCCACUCACCAUCUGCACAGAUGAUUGGUCUGAAAACUGCCUUGAGCUCAGCUUUAGCUCAAAAUGCAGAGCUCAGAGGCCGGUUGUGCAGGAUCCAUGCUGAGUCAAGGCUGGUAGAUCCAGCUGUCACUCUCUUUUCAAGUCCAGGUUCAGUAAAGCAGCAAGACCUCACCCAAGUAAACAAUCCCCUGGUCCAUCAGCUGUCCAAUGAAAGCAGAGUCUCUCGAGCUGACUCUCUCUGUGAAUUCUUUGAUGCACAGGAAGUUUUGUUAUCUGCAAGCUCAUCGGAGAACGAGGCUUCAGAUGAUGAUUCCUACGUCAGUGAUAUAAGUGACAAUACAUCGGAAGAUAACUUAAGCACAGAAGCAGAAGCUCUUGCUCAGACAAUAUAUCACUCUCAAAACGGCACAAAUCAGCCUAGUAGAAGAAGAUCAUGUCUGCCAGCUCCAGGACCAAAUAAUAGUAACAUAAGCCUUUGGAAUAUUCUAAGGAAUAACAUAGGGAAAGACCUUUCCAAAGUUUCCAUGCCAGUUCAAUUAAAUGAACCACUGAACACACUCCAGCGCCUUUGUGAAGAACUGGAAUACAGUGAGCUGCUGGACAAAGCUUCUCAGACAGAUGACCCAUUUGAAAGAAUGGCUUUCGUUGCCGCUUUUGCAGUUUCAGCAUAUGCAUCUUCAUACCAUAGAGCUGGAAGCAAGCCGUUUAACCCAGUUCUAGGGGAGACGUACGAAUGCACGAGGAAAGAGAAGGGCUUCAGAUUCAUUGCUGAACAGGUCAGCCAUCAUCCUCCAAUAUCUGCAUGUCAUGCUGAAUCAAAGAACUUUGCCUUCUGGCAAGAUGUGAGGUGGAAAAACAAGUUCUGGGGUAAAUCAAUGGAGAUUGUUCCAGUUGGCACAAUUCAUGUAACUCUUCCGACAUACAGAGACCAUUAUGAGUGGAAUAAAGUUACUUCCUGUAUCCACAAUAUUCUCAGUGGUCAGAGGUGGAUAGAACAUUAUGGAGAGAUUCUCAUUAAGAAUACAACGAAUAGUACUUGCCAGUGCAAACUGACAUUUAUGAAGGCAAGAUACUGGAAUUCAAACGUUAAUGAGGUUGAAGGGAUCAUAAUGAACCAAAACGGUGAGGUAGUAAAUCAACUCUUUGGGAAGUGGCACGAAGGCAUGUAUAGUGGGACGCUCCCCUCAGCAACAUGCAUCUGGAGACCAAAUCCCAUGCCAAAAGACUUUGAGCAGUACUAUGGUCUCACCAAAUUUUCACUGGGAUUAAAUGAGCUGGAACCUGAAGAAAGACCAUGCCUUCCACAAACUGACACGAGGUUUAGGCCUGAUCAAAGAUACCUAGAGGAAGGUAACAUAGAGGCUGCAGAAUCUCAAAAACAAAGAAUUGAACAAUUGCAAAGAGAAAGGCGGAGAGUUCUUGAAGAAAAUAACAUGACACAUCAACCUCGCUUCUUCAGGUACUCUCAGGAAGAUGGAAAGGAAAUGUGGGUGAGCACAAAUACCUAUUGGGAGCUUCGGAAAGAUCCAGGCUUCAACAAGAUUGAUGGUCCAAUACUCUGGUGACAUGUCAAUGCAGAUUCAUUAUUUUUUCUUUGUUUCAGGACUAUUAAACAUUAUUUAUUAGAUCUGUCUACCUAUCUAUUGAUCAUCUGUUAUCUUUAUAUGUAACUGAUUAUUUAUUAUACAUUUCUGAGUUACAAAAAACAUAUCAUAAUAGCUUGAUGCCUUAAAACUGCUAGAACUGAAAUUCGUCAGAUUUUUGCUUUGAAUAUCAUUUCUGUACUGCAAGGUCUGGUUACUAUCAGGAUGUAACAAGAAUAGUGGGUGUAAUAACAUCUGCAAAUGUGCAAUGUUUUUGCUUGCAAAGAGAAUCAACAAGUAACUAUAUAAACUAGUAUCCUGUUAUGAAUUUGCAUCCUUUUUUAACUAUGGCACACUGAAUGCUUCCAAAAUCAAUUUAAUUCAAAGCUUCUUGCAAUAAUAACACAUAUCCAUUGCACAUAAAGUAUGUUGUUUGUAGUUAGCCUUGAGCAUAGAACAUACUAUGAUCUUACAAAGCAAAAUCUCCAAUGAAAUUUACAAUAAAGAUUGUGGACCCCUGUAAUAGUUAGACCAAAGUAUUUAGCACAAAACUGCAUUAACCACAAGCUUUUCUAUCUAUCCUGUUAUUAUUUUCCUUCCCUCAUCUACGCAUCACCACUUUGCUAAGGAAUUUUGUGCUGGCUUGCAGAAGCCAGCCAAAAGGAAGCAAAGUGCAAAGAAUUUUGCCUUACCCAGAACUAUAGAUAGAUUCAAACUCACCGCCUUCUAUAGAUAAGUCUGUGCCUACUCUGACAGAAUAUUUGCAGAAGGGUGGAAAUACACUAUUAUAUACGUGUCUUAUACUAUUUGCUAAACGCACAGACAACUCAACUCAAUUAUCCAUACUCUGAUUGGAUAAACAAAGGUAAUCACGUUACAGGUUCUUGAUUGUGCAUCAGAUCCCUAAUUUGCACUAUUAUUGCACAUUUUUUUGUAAAGACUUUUUAGCAGAAAAAAGAAACUGAUCUGCUUUGUCACAAUCACUUGUUUUAAUACCUGCAUAUUACUUACACAUGGAAUGGGCCUUUGGAAGAUAAUAAUGUGUAAUUCUAUUAAAAAUGUUCAAGAUUUUUUGAACACUAUCUACCUCUUCUAGUAAAACAUAAUUGUACUCCUUCAGCUUUUAAUACAGGAGCAACACUCACAAUAUCCUGGAGGAACUCAGCAGGUCAGGGAGCAUCCAUGGGAAAGAAUAAACAGUUGACAUUUCAGUCUGAGACGCUUCAUCAAUGUUUAUCCUUGUUUCUUGAAUUUAAUCACAGAGAACAUGAUUUUUUUUUAGAGAUGAUGGUAACCCUGAGAGAACAAAGAUGAAUCAAUUUUCACUUGUUUCUUUACAUAUUAAAAGUCUAGACCAGGACUAGAAAAUAAAAGCAAGGAAGUAAUGUUGAAGCUUUAUAAGGCACUGGUGAGGCCUCACUUGGAGUAUUGUGAGCAGCUUUGGACCCAUUAUCUAAGAAAGGGUAUGCUGACAUUGGAGAGGGUUCAAAGGAGGUUCACGAAAACGAUUCUGGGAUUGAAGGCUUAUCAUUUGCAGGGCAUUUGAUAGCUCUGGACCUGUACUCAAUGGAAUUCAAAAAAUGCAGGGGUCCUCAUUGAAUCCUAUCAAACGUUGAAAGGCCACAACAGGGGGGGACAUGGAGAGGAUGUUUCCUAUGAUGAGGGAGUCUCAGACCAGAAGACACAGCCUCAGAAUAGAGGGACAUCAUUUUAGAACAGAGAUAAAGAGAAACUACUUUAGCCAGAGAGUGGUGAAUCUGUGGAAUUCUUUGCCAAAGGCAGCUGUGGAGGCCAAAUCAUUGGAUAUAUUUAAGGGAGAGGUUGAUAGAUUCAUCAGGGCAUGAAGGGGUUACAGGGAGAAGGAUUGUGGCUGAGAGGAAAAGGGAUCAGCCACGAUGAAAUGGCAGAGCAGACGAUGGGCCAGAUGGCCUAAUUCUGCUCUUUUAACUUAUAGUGUUAAGCCCAUUGUGAAAAUCUGCUUCCCCUAAAUGUCAUUCAAUGGUAGUAACAGCAGAUAAACAGAAGUCCCGAUGAAGGGUCUCAACCCAAAACGUAACUGUUAACUCAAUUCUUUACAGGCUCCCUUACCUGCUGGGUUCCUCCAUCAUGUUGUGUGUGUCACUUUGGAUAUCCAACAUCUGCAGAAUCUCUUGUGUUUUAAUACAGGAUUCUUUUUCUUAUGCUUUAAACAGAAGCACUGGUAGGGAAAAACGUGGGUGUUUCAAAAAGAAAUUAAGUUGUUUUUACACCACAUGAUCCCCAGAUGAGGUAACUGUCUUGAUAAGAAGAGAAAAUCUGCGGGUACUGGAAGUCCAAGCGACACACACAAAAUGCUGGAAGAACUAUCUUGAUUCACUCUUUGGUUAUAACCUGAGUAGGAAUUUACCGUCAGCCCAGUAGAUGGCUCUUUGCCAUCUUGCCAGUGGUUAUGCCAAGGUGUAUUGGCAGAGUUUCUAUUUCAAAUCUAGCUGGUUUAUUAUCCCUCAUCUCAGUGAUAGUCCUUUUGCUUCCUCUCCACAAACAAAGUCGAGGGGCCCCUUACGCAUGCAAUAUUAUCCAGAAGUGUUGGCAACUGAGGAAUUUUAUUGAGCAAUUGGUGAAUUGGGUCAAAUACCACGGCAGCUUGGCAGUUAGUGCGAUUCUAUUACAGCCUGCCGACGUUGGGAGUUCGCAGUUCAGUUCUGGCACCAUCUUCAAGGAACUUUACGUUCUCCCUGUGACCAUGUGCUUUCUUCACCCUGUCCAAAGAUCUACCAGUUGGUAGGUUAAUUGGUCACUGUAAUUCGUCCCGUAAUUAGGCUAGGGUUAAAUCGGUGGCUUGCUGUUGGGCUGGAAACGCCUGUUCUGUGCUGUCUCUCUCAAUAAAUAAAAGUAUUGUAAGGGUGAUAUAAUACAUUGAAGCUGCAAACAAAAAUAGAGUUAUUGGUAUUGGGAUGUGGUGGCUUUUAAUUCUGAAUUAGAUUCGAGUAUUUUCUUGUGAUUUGAGUAUUUUAGAAUAACGUCGUUGAAGUGUAGCAUUUUCUGAAAAAUCUGUGAAGCUUAAAGAUACGAUGAACAACUUAAAAGGGCUUGAAGUUGAUUGCUAUCUGUAUUGGUGCAAGUUAACUUUUGCAUCAUUUUCUAUUGACAAAAAUUCAGUGAAACUGCUUAUAUCCAUUAUAUGUUGAAUUUAAUCACAGAUCACAGCAAUGCUUAGAAAACAAAAGGUGCAUUAUGUUUUACCUGUUUCUUUGCUUAUUGAAAAUCCUUUGUGAAAAUCUGCUUCCCCAAUGCAGAAUUCCUGGAUAUCAUACAACGGCAUCAACAGCAGAUAAACUGAAGUCCUACUGAAGGGUCUCGGCCCAAAACAUUACCUGUUCAUUCAUUUCAUUCGAUGCUGCCUGGCCUACCGAGUGCCUCCAAUAUUUUCUGAGUGUUGCUCUGGAUUUCCAGCAUCUGCAGAAUCUUUUGUGCUUAAGAUAAACAAAGAGUUUUGUUUUAAUUGUUCCUGAUAAACCUAUUUGUAGUGAAAAUCUCUCUGCAAAAGAUGGCAGCAAAAUAUCAGUGCACAUUAUAGAAAACAGCUGAGCUGUCCCGUCACUCCAGCGACUAGAUUUUGAUUCUGGUGUUAUCUGAGCAGAGUUUACCAUUUGCCCCUCUAGCCACAUUAGUUAGUGGUGAAUUUGCCACCCUAGUGUGAUCGAGUGGCAGGAGAAUGAAGUGAGUUUCAAUAGACAUGACAGUGAGUAAAUGUGAUUGGUUAAUGCAAGUACAUUGGCCAUGCUGAAAGCAUUGUAUGGAUAUACAGUGCUGUGCAAAAGUCUUAAGCACAUAUAGAGCUAGGAUGCCUAGGACCUUUGUACUGAACUGUAUUUGUCAAUGUGGAGCAGAGAGCAAGUUCAUAAAACUAGUCAGAGUAAAGGAUAUUGGAAAUGGCAAGGGUGGAGGGUGUGGGACAGGUGGCAAGGAAGGAGUUCCAGGAAGAGAGGGGUGGCAUGGGUGCAGUGAGACACCAGGUGAGGUUAUUUGAUUCCAACAAUUGGUUUAUUGAUCAUUACAGAAAAUCUCUCUGGUGCUUCCCACAUCCUCCCCUCUCCCUUCACCUUUUCCCAACCAUGAUCCCCCUCUCCUUACCACCUUCCCAUGCGCUGUCCACAACAGAGACCCAGAAUCAGGGUUAUCAUCACUCAUAUAUGUCAUGAAAUUUGUAGGGGUUUUUUUUGCAGCAGUGCAACGUAUUACAUAAAAUCACUGCAGUACUGUGUGAAUGUCUUAGGCACCCUUGUUAUAUAUGUAUGAGCCUAAGACUUUUGUACAAUACUGCAAUUGAGAAAUCUUUGACUUUUCAAAUGAUACAAUUAAUGUACAUAUUUAUAGAUUAAAAAUGUUCCUGCACUGCACAACAUUCAUUACACAAUAAAUAGAAGCCCUGUUACAAUUCUCCCUCAUACUGCUCUGGUUGCACUGUGAGAACUGACCAUCUCCUCCUGGUACUAACUGGCCCUGAAUUUACAGCUGAGCAAAUGGGAGCAGAUCUGUCUUCUUCUGAUUUGGUUUAGUGUGAGAACUGGAGCUAGAAGCAGGAAUAAAUCAUUUAGCCUCUUAUUAAAGAAAUUUAAAAGUUAGCCUUUUUUUUUUCUGUCACCUCCCUCAAGGUGCACAGCGAAAUGUAUUGUUUGCAUCGAGGAUGUGCUUGGGAACGGCCUGCAGGUGCAAGUGCCAACAUAGCAUGCCCACAACUCUCUAACCCUAACCCUAACCCAUAUGUGUUUGGAAUGUGGGAGGAAACACAUGCAGUCACGCGGACAAUGUGCAAACUCCUUACAGGUAGUGGCAGGAAUUGAACCCUGAUUUUACAGCUGGCACUGUAAAGCAUUACAUUAACCACUAUGCGAACAUGUUGCCCCCAUUCUGUACAUGCUGCACCAUUUAGAAAGUUAGUAGUUGAACUUUUAUCUUGGGUAUACUUUCCUGCAUUAUCCCGCCACUCUCCGAAUCCUUUAAUAUGCAAAAAUUUAUCAGUCAGUCCCGAUUUUGCUCAGAGACCGAGCUUCCACGGUUGUCUUUGCCAAAGAAUUCCAAAUAUUCACCCUCUUUUUCUUUUAAGCACCUCAUUCAUGCACCUACCCUGUUAAACCCAUAGGAACUUGUCACAUUUCAAUAGAAUCACCUCAUUCUUCCAACCUCUAGAGUGCAGGCAGAGUCUGCUGCACCUCGACACUCAGUUUUCCAGGUCCUAGGAUACUGCUGGAGAGCAGUUUGAUUUUCAUAGCUGCCAUUGAGCAGAAUCCCAACUUCUUCAGGUCAUUGUAAUCCAGAACAGAAAGGUCCAAAAUGCCGGAGGAACUCAGAAAGUCAGGCAGCAUCUUCAGAGAGGAAUACACAGUCAGUGUUUCGAGCCAAGACCCUUCAACAGGACCGGAAAGGGGGAAGAUGCCAGAAUAAGAAGGUGGGGAGGGGGAGAAGAAGGACUUCAAGCUGGCAAGGGCCAAGUGAAAGGUCAAGGGCUUAAGAAGACAUUAAGAUCAUGAGACAUAGGAGCAAAUUUAGGCCAUUCAGCGGAUUGAGUCUGCUCUGCCAUUCCAUCAUGGCUGACUUAUUAUCCAUCUCAAUUCCAUUCUCCUGCCUUCUCCCCUUAACUUUUGAGGCUCUUACUAAUCAAGAAGCUAUCAGCUUCAGCUUUAAGUAUAUCUAAAGACUUGGCCUCCACAGUUAUCUGUGGCAAUUCCACAGAUUCACCUCCCCCUAGCUAAAGAAAUCCUCCUCAUCUUUGUUCUAAAGGGACGCCCUUCUAUUCUGAGGCUGUGCCCUCUGAUCCUAGGCUCCCCCACUAUAAGAAACAUCUUCUCCAUGUCCGCUCUAUCCAGGACUUUAAAUGUUUGAUAAGCUUCAAUGAGAUCACCCAGAGCAGGUACAAGAAGAAGGAGGAAUCUGAUAGGAGAGCAGAAUGGACCAUGGGAGAAAGGAGGAGGACCCAGAAGGAGGCAAUGGGCAGAUGAGAAGAGAAGGGCUAAGAGGGGAGCUAGAAUAGGGAAUGGAGAAGGAGUUUAGGGUUGUCCAUCCCCAGCAUGUUUCUCUGGGUUUCCAGCAUCUGCAUGAUCUCUAAUGGUUAGAACAGAAUGCUUGUUGUUUUUCAUUGGGAAAGUAUCAGCCUCUUUCCUGAUUGGUUAAAGCCAGCCUUCCUUUUGCUAUAGAGUCUCCACGUUCUGAGUCAUCACAUAUUUACUAAGACUCUUCCCACACUUAAAUGAAACUAAGCCAGAUUUUCCACUUUGCAGUAGUAAGUUUAUAAGCCGAAAGUUAGUUUUACCAUUGGCAAUGUACACUCAGUAGCCACCUCAUCAGAUACAGGAAUGGAACCUGGUGUGCUGUCCUUCUGCAGUAGCCCACCCACUUCAAACUUUAACAUUUGCUUUCUGGGAAGCUCUUCUGCACAACACUGGUCACUGCAUGGUCAUUUGAGUUACUGUCACCUUCCUGUCAGCUUGAACUUGUCUGGCCAUUCUCCUUUGACCUCUCAUUAAUACGGCAUUUUUGCCCACAGAAUUUCCACUCACUGGAUGUUUUUUUUUUGUCUUUUGCACAAUCCUUUGUGAAGUCUAGAGACUGUUGUGCAUGAAAAUCCUAGCAGGUCAGCAGUUUCUGAGAUACUCAAACCACCCUUCCUGGCGCCAAAAGUGAUUCCACAGUCAAAGUCACCUAAAUCACAUCUCUUCCCCAUUCUGAUGCUCAGUCUGGACAACUGAACCUCUUGACUGUGUCUGCAUGCUUUUAUGCAUUGAAUUGUUGCCACAUCAUUGGUUGCUUAGAUAUUUGUCUUAACGAGCUGAUGUUCAGAUGUACCUAAUGAAGUGUAGGUAGUGUAGGUAAAAGUGCAUUUUCUUGGAAAUUAGACAAAAAUAGUUUGACCUUGCUUAAUGUUUAGGUCAAGCCCAUAACUAAAUUCAUCUUGUGGCUACUGAUUUGUGAAUUGUUUGUUCCCUAUGAAUCCUGCAAAUUGAUAUGUUUAGAAUCACUGAGUUUCCGUACUCCCUCCAUCCAUGCACUAACCAGGAGGGAUUGUACAUGGGGUCCAAUAGAAUAUUUUGUGACUGAAGAAUAAAGCAAUUGGAAAGUUCAUUCUAUACUUAUGCCACAGUUACAAUGUAACAAAAUAACAACUAAGACAACAGUUUAAACUAAAAAUACAUUACAUGCACAAAAUGCUGGAGGAACUCAGCAGGUCAAUCAAUAUCAACGGAAGGGAACUGGGGCAGAGACCCUUCAUCAGAUAAAACAGUAAAUAGGUUUUAAUCAACGAUUCAAUAUCUGUUGAAAUUUUAUUCAUGCUAAGGCUGAAUAGCUGAACAAGAUCUUUUAAAAUUUUCUAACCAUUAAGCAUCUUUUUUAAAAAAUCAUUUAAAAUUCUGGUUAUUGUUCUUGGGUUAGUGUCACUUGUCCAGUGUGUAGAGAAUACAUUCCCAAAACAAAAGUUAACUUUGUAACACAAUAUUAGUACCACAAUUUAUAAAAUUUGCAUUCAAAUAAACUCAGCACUUUAGAGUUAAGUCUGGUGAAUACUCAACAGUUAUUUUUACUGUUGUUUAUUAUGGAACAAAGCACUUUCUAAAUUUAACUGGCUGAUUCCUAUGAAGCUAUUUAAUAUUUUGUGGUGGUUACAGUCAAAGUUAGUUAAGGUAUAUGAUCCCAUCUGAAUUACGGACUCGCUUUCAAUCAGGUUUCAGUGCAAUGAUUUGGAAUAAGUUAGUCAGGUGUUGCAUUUCAUUAUUUCCUGAGUGCAUUUGGUUUUAGCAUUUGUAAAAGGAAAUCAAGUUUCCAAGAGAUUAAUAAUGUCAUAUGCAUUAUAUUGGCUGUUUUAAAUACACUGUGAUAUUUAAAUCUCAGUGUACAUGAGAAUAUUAUAAACUCUAUUUUAAUGCUGUAUAAUUGAUUUUAUUUGCAUAAAGUGGGGAUUUGUACAAUUCCACAGUUCAAAUUUCAGCAUUUGUUACUCAUUCACUCUGAGCAUCAUGAUGAUACGUUUGCACCUUUAACUUUGUAAGGGAUGGGUGCAAUUCCAUUUCAAGGAAUUAAAGUCUAGAACCUAAUGUAUUUUUAUGAUUGCAUCAUGUGUUUGUCAGAGACGGCUGCAAUUCACUGUAUACUCUAUCACACAAAUAAUAAAUUGGUUUGACUGAGA